GCGCGCGCGUAACAGAACAGCAGCGCAAACCUCGGGCUAACUACUCGAAAGGGAUUAACACGGGCAAAUUCUGACUUUCCACCACCCACAUCAAACAACAUAUACAUCAUUUCCAAGAAUUGUCAGUGAGUUUCAAAGAUGUCCUUCUGGCAGCUUGCCAUUGUCCUUGUGUGGUACUUGACCGGAUUUGCGAUCGGACGCAGAGCUGGUGCUGAAGACGGCGACAUUCUAUCGAAAACUAACAGCGCGCGAUGCACCUCACGAUGUCUGACUCUCCACAUGACACAACUGACGGCUUCAUUCAAACAUCUUCAGAGUGAUGGUGUUCUGGGCUGGUGUGAGAGCCAUCGGCGAUGUGCACAGUGCCUACAACCAUGCAAGGAACUGUGGGAAACGGGACGUGGUCUUUCAGAGAAAUCCUGUGAGCACCAUGAGUGUGUGACCAGUGGGGAGUACGUGCUGUCUCUGCAGUCCCAGAAGCAGGGCGACUGCCCGUCUCCCCAAAGGGCCUCGGGCUUCGCGGCCGCCUGUGUGGAGAGCUGCGGCACAGAUAAGGAAUGCUCCGGCACCAAGAAGUGCUGCUCCAACGGCUGCGGACACACCUGCCAGACUCCAGCGAGCCUCUUCAAGGGUGUUCCGCUGAAGCCAAAGAAGGACAUGUCCUUCUCGGAAGACCUCUUGGGACAUCUGGAAGUGAAGUGGACGUCCAAGUUUAACGUGUCCAUCGAGCCCGUCCUGUACAUCCUUCAAAGGAGGUGGAACUACGGCAUUCACCCGAGUGAGGACGAGGCCUCGUCUUGGCAGACUAUCCUCAUGACCAUAGAGGAGCGAGCCGUGCUGAAGGACGUUCGACCCCACAGGUGGUACCAGUUCAGAGUGAGUGCGGUGAACAGCCAGGGCACCCGAGGCUUCACCACCCCCAGCAAGCACUUCUUCUCAUCCAGAGACCCCUUCCCGCCAGAGGCUCCGCAGAACCUGAGACGAGGCAACGUGACCGUGCGGCCGGACGGUCUGGUCAGCGUGACCCUGCUGUGGGACACCCCGGCAGAGGGCGACCUCCCCAUCCACCACUACCGGGUCAGCUGGAGCGCCCGAGGGGUCGCGCGCCCCGCACAGAGCCGCCGCGAGAACGCCAGGGUCACAGACGGGGCUGCGACAGAGUUCGAGCUCCAUGGACUACAGCCCAACCUUGUUCAUCAGGUCCAGGUGCAGGCCAUAGCCUACUGGGGGCAGAAACGCCUGAAGAGUCCCAGGGCCCAGCUAUCCUUCACAACCACGUCAACAGCUUCCUCCGCUGCCCCAGGCCAGGGCCACUUCACUGGGGAGUUCUCCAACGAGCUGCCCCUCUCCCCCCACUCCUCCUCCUCCUCCUCCUCCACGACGCCCAGUGUGGUCAGGCUGGAGGCGGCCGCGCCACACUACCACGACAACCAGCUGCAGGUCAAGGUCUUCUGGAAGAGCCAGCACCCAGAAGAGGCCCAGAAGGAUUCUACGUCUUACUUAUUAAGAUGGUAUCCUGAAGUAUGCACAAACAACGUCACCAAGAGGGAGAGGAAGGCCACGGUGCAGGGUACCCACUUCGUGAUCACAGGCCUGCUCUUCGCAUGCAAGUACCGGGUGGGAGUGAUGCCCCUAACCGGCGCUCCAGGGUCAGAGGCCGUUACCUCGGUAACCACCCCACAGUGCUCAGCCCUCAAAGGCAGAGGCAAGAAGUUCAUCCCUUGUGCAAGAGAUGGUGAGCACCACCCAGUGGUCAGGAAAGCACAGCUGCGGCCGGAGAAGCUCGGUGUGGACUUCCAGGCGGUGAACGGCUCUCUGCAGGCGGUCUUCAGCUGGCAAGUGUCCCAGGCCGCUCCGGGACAAGCACCAAUCACCGGCUUCCAGCUCUCCUGGGUGCAGGUCCCAAGCAGCAGCAGCGGCGGCAUCAGUGACGAAGAAAUCGCUGUUACCACAACAACGGACACCAUAGUCACCCAAACUAGGAUCCUGCCUCCAGACCAGUUCUCAUACAGUGUGGACGGGCUGCUGCCCGGCAGCGUCUACAAGGUGCAGGUCCAGGUGCUGUCAGCAGGGGGCAGCGGGCCCUCGGUGGCACGGACACUUCACUCUCCACAGCUCCCCUCCACCGACGGCCAGCUAUGAGACGCCUUCCACAUCGAUCUCCAACUCCCCUCAGUGCAGCUGCAGCUCCUGUUUGCCCUGUGAGAGUACCACUACAGCCCCUGUCCACUCCAUCCCCAACACACCUGGACUCCUCCCCGACUCCUGCUCCACCCACAGCACUCCACUGCAAUGCACCGCACGGCGCCUCGUCACACCUCAGACAGCAGGCCAGCACUCCACAUCAUACAGCUCAGCACUCCACUGCACCAUACAACAUCUCACUGCACCACGCCACGCCACACCACAGAAAGCAGACUAGCACUCCACAUCACACUGCACCACACCACAUAGAGCAGCCCAGCGCUGAUCACACACCACACCACACCAUACCGUAGAAAGCGGCCCAACACUGCACAUGACACUGCACCACACUACAUCGCACCACACCGCAGAUAGUGGCCCAAUACUCCAGCAACUAUGACUUUGCCAGUGGCAAGACCAUUUGCAUGAUAGACCCAGUGACUUUUAUAUGGAAAAAUCUAGAUAAUCCUGGACCUGAUACAACAUAUUCUGUCAGUUAAUAUAGUUAAUGUUUAAAAACUGCUAAGAAUCGUGUAGGUACUGUAUGAAUCAUUUAUGUUAUCUACAUUUAUGUUAUAUAUAAAUAUAUGUAAAAACUAAGUAGCACUGAUGUAUGUAGGUCUAUUGUGUGUCGAUGUCAUUGAUGUUUUCUUCAUAAAAAGAUUUUCUCCUUAUUUUUUAUGUGUAAAGCUUCCAUGUCAACCUCAGUAUUGUUUUUCUUUUCUUUUUGCUUUACAGGUAAAUAUCAUAAAUUAUUUUUUAUCACCACAUGUUUUUCAGUGAACUUCAAAAAAAGAAAAAGAAAAAAAAACAAUCCAAGAAAAGUCUUUGAACUCAUCCCUUAUUUAUUGUGAUGUACCAAGAGUGGAAUGUAUGAUUUUGCUCAAAAGUUGAGCAAGUGAUGUACAACUCAGUUCAUUGUAAAUCCACAAGGGCGCCACACUAAUCCGCUUUUUGGGGGGGGAGAAGAUAUGGAGGAAUUUACUGUAAAGGGUCAGUAUAUUAUUGUGAAAUGAGGUCAGAUGAGGCGAGAUGCUUCCCACAAGAAUGUAAAGAGAAGGCGAUUUUGACUUAUACGGACAUGUCAAAGAGGCUCUCGAGGCUUGAUCAGGGCCCUGCUUUUCCAGCAUCUCACUCCUGAAGACAGCGGGGAAUCAGUUCUGCGCCUCUGGCAUUGAUUUUGAACGGGGGAGAGGCGCGUGUAUUGUAUGUUGUUUCUAGUGUAAACACUGUUUCUAUGCUGACAGAGGUUCAGCCAAGUUACGGCGUUUCAUUUGUGGCGGGCCACUCGUGGCCCUUUUUGUAUCAUUGCAUAUUAUAUAUACAUUUACUCUGUAAAUAUUGUACUUGUUGAUGUGUAAACAACUGUAUGUGCUUAAAAUGAAUAAAAAUCCAAAUCAUCCAA